CUCGGUCAGAUAUACAGUCAGUGUGUGUGUUUGGAGAGCAGAGUGGAACCCAUGAGCACCACCAAGCCGGAUGACCGCGACGCAUUAUUGAAGAAGGAUACAGCAAGUUUUCUUUUAAAAUGUUGGAUCACUGACAAGUGAAACUUCUUUGAUGGGACCAGCUCUUUCCAUUCCAGCGAGGUUUUGCCGACAUCCCGCCAUGCCACAAUGGUUAUAAUUCUGCUCUUGUUGUUACUGAGCUCCUUGGAUCCGAGUUUGCAGGAAUCUCUGGCUCCGAGGCUGAGCAGGAGCCCGAGGGCUCCUUGUGUCAGGGGCCAGGAGUGUGACCCGAGGACGCGGCGCGAUGCUGGAGGACGCGGCGGGGUUUACGAGCACCUCGGCGGAGCUCCAAGACGCAGGAAACUUUACUGCGCCACGAAAUAUCAUUUGCAAAUACACCCGAACGGAAAAAUAGACGGAUCUCUUGACGAAAACAACCCUUUCAGCAUACUCGAGAUCACAGCUGUCGAUGUCGGUGUGGUGGCGAUCAAGGGCCUGUUUUCGGGAAGAUACCUGGCUAUGAAUGAGAAAGGCCGUCUGUAUGCUUCGGAACUCUUCAACAGAGAGUGUGAGUUCCUGGAGCGCAUUCACGAGCUCGGAUACAACACCUACGCGUCACGGCACCACGCCACGACCCAGCCUCCCCCGGCAGGGUCCGGUGCCGGGGCCGGCAAGCGCCGCGCCAGUUCUAAAAGGCAGUGGUACGUCUCCAUCAAUGGAAAGGGCCGGCCCAGGAGGGGCUUUAAGACGCGGAGCACGGACAAAGCUUCCCUCUUUCUGCCCCGUGUUCUGGGCAACAAGGACCAUGAGAUGGUGCGCAAGCUCAGAGAGAGCCAGCGGCACCCGACGGGCUCUCACCGGGCCCCUGUCGGGCGGGCAGAGCGCAGGAGACGACGACACAGGGGCUCCAGCAGAAGGCCUGACAUUUAACGCGCUCUCGACACAGAUGGAGAAGAAAUCCACUGAGAGUCACAUGGAACAAUUUUCUCACCAGAGGAUGAUUUUCAAGAAAACUUUGGAGGAAUUAUGAGAGUGACAUUUAAAGCCCGGUAUCUGAAUUAUUAAGAUGUUCAUGUGACCAAAAUCAACACUACUGAAAGUUUAGCUUUUUUUAUGACAUGCACCACGUCAUGUUCUCUGUAAAAGACGUGUAAUUAUUGUACAUAGAUGUACAGUCAUUUACUUUUUUUUAGUAGAGUAAAUGUAAUGGUAAAUUAGGACGUUGUACGAGUGCUUGACGAUGCCGACGACGUGUUAUGUAUGGUGGUGUAAAGACAAGCACUUUUUUCUUACUGAAGUAGAAAACAAAGAUCCAUACACAUAAAAAAAAAAACAGAUGCUUUUUAA